GCGCCAAAUUACCACCCAACACGAACGCACCGACCAAUCCGAAUAUCAUAUCCACGUGUCGGGAUUCGUUGGCCUAUCGCUUGUAUAGUUGUAGUUGUAGGACAAAAUGGAGGAGAACUCCUCCGCAAGCUCCAAGAACGAUGGUUCGAACGAUCCGGGGAAGAUGUUCAUUGGAGGUUUAAGCUGGCAAACCACAGCAGAGGCAUUGCGCCAGUAUUUCGCCAAGUAUGGGGAACUGAAGGAGUGUGUUGUAAUGAGGGAUCCUGUAUCAAAACGAUCAAGGGGGUUCGGGUUUGUAACUUUUAUCGAGCCUAACUGCGUCGAUGUGGUACUUAAUAGCUGUCCGCACGAUUUGGAUGGGAAGAAGAUUGAUCCUAAAGUCGCCGUACCCAAGCGAGCUCCAGCAAAGAUGGUUACAUCAACAAAGAAGAUAUUUGUUGGGGGGUUAUCAACAAACACAUCAGAAGAAGACAUGAAAAAUUACUUUGGAAAGUUUGGAACGAUAACAGAAGUGAUGUUGAUGUUUGACAAAGCAACUCAGCGGCACAGAGGGUUUGGGUUUGUAACCUUUGAUUCAGAAAGCAGUGCGGAUGAUGCAUGUGGGAACCAGUUCCAUUUAAUCAACAAUAAAAAGGUUGAAGUAAAGAAGGCACAGCCCAAGGAAGUGAUGUAUAGUCUUCAAGGAGGAAGAGGGCGUGCAAGAGGAGGAAUGUUUGGUAGGGGAAUAUUUUAUCCACUUCCUGGUUAUGGCAGAACACAAGGAUUCCCAGUACCCGGACUAAGUGCAAACCCCUUUCAAGGUUAUAAUGCUGCCUAUGCAGCUUAUGCAGCCUUUGCUGCACAGGGUAGAGGCCGAGGUAGAGGAAGGGGAUUUAUCACUGGCUAUCCAGGAGCUAUUGGAUUUCCAAAUUAUGUUGUAAACCAAGGAGACCAGCGACGACCAGCCGGAGGGCAAUACUAUGCAGAGUAUGCAGCUAUUGGUAACUCAGGAGCAAGGGGAAAUAACCCACGACAUGAAGUUCAACAGCUUGAAACAAUACCUGAUUAUCAGGAUUAUGGAGGUGGGAUGCAAGCAUUAAAUGGAUAUCACCAAGGUCAGCAUGGAUAUGGACCUCCUCCUACCUCACCAGUAUCAAGGGCAUUUGCAGCAGCCACCAGUCCUGGUCCAGUCAAUGUUGGUCAAGAAAUGAACUAUAUGUCAGCAGCUGGAGGAAGUGGUGCUGGUGAGCUUGGGUUCACGGCUACUAGUCCCCAGCCAAAUGCAUAUAAUCCAGGCUUGCAGUUUUGAAAGAAGAAAUCACUACUAUUUGAAUGAAAAUUUCUUGACUUCAAAUGAAAACUCAAGACAAACAAAAGGUAUUAUUUGAAAAGAGGAGCCAAAUGUUACGCCAAACCCAAUAGAGACCACAGUCAAACUAUCCAGCCUCAGGUGAGAUGGCCUACACCCACAAAAACCAAUUUGUUUUAAGUCAUACAAUAUGACAUUUGUCCAAUUUUAAAUUAAGGUUCUCUUUUAUGUUUGUACUUAUAUGUUACACUUGGCUGGCAUGUUAUUUGACUACAUGAGGUUGGUCUACAGCCAACGAUAUGAUUAUUUUUAGUGAUUUUAAAUUGAUUUAUUGUAGAAAAAGGCAAAUUGCUUUUAAAUUUUAGUGUAGUUUUUAGUCCUGCUAUUGAUGGUUUGGUCUUGAAAGCAUGUUCAAAGCUAGUGCUGUGGAAACACAUGAUACGAGACUUAAAAGCUCAUGGUGGCUGAUUCAACAAUGCUUUUGUCUGUUUCUUAUGCAAAUUUUUGCUGAUAUACUACAAUAAAGCUUGUCUGGAUGUCAUACUUGACAAAGAAGCUGUCAUGCCGUUAUUUUAUUUCAGUCUCUUUCAAGAAGACAUGAAUUGGYAUAUGAAAUAUGUUUAUCCUUUGUCGCCAAACCAGACAGCAGGAUUCAAGAUGUCUAUGACGAGUGUGUUCCAUGGCACUAGCCCCAUAACACAAUAUUACCUUCAAUUUCUUUUAGUAAAUGCUUUCAAAGCCAAACCUGGAUGUGGAAAACGAAUUUUUAUCUUCCUUUCUGGUCUAAUGUAUUUUAAAAUUAUAGUAAUCACUGUACAAACUUAUUUUAGUCAAUUUAAGGUAAUUUUGGUGUAUGGAACGUCAUUGUUAGAUAAUAUUCUAGACCAUGUGCUUGCCAAAAUCAUGCCUUGAUUCAUCUCACUUAACCAUUGCUUUCUUGUGUAGAUGGAUUCUCACCCAUAUUCUAAAUCCAUAUCAAAUAUCCUCAAAAGUUUCAGUGUAAGUGGAAUUAGCCUCCAUGGCUUAAGAUUUUGUCUGUCUGUCCACUCUAAUUUUCCCUGUCAUUAACGAGGGUGAGAGUUAUGUUUUGGUAAGCAUGGUCCCUCCAUAAGGUAAAAAUGCAAAGUAGAUGCCGUAGGACUAGAUAUAUAUAUAUAUAUAAAUAUAGGGUUGAGAUCUUCCCUCACACCCCCGGCUCUUCCAGUCUUUUUUGUGUCUGUCUGUCUGUUCAUCUGCAUGUCUGUGUCAAGCAUCAAAUGCUUCUUUUUGUCAUUCAGUCUCUCUUAAACUCAGAGUUUAUAUGUUUCAUUACAGUGUGUUGUGCAUAAUUAUGUCAUAUCAUUAUUUUGUCAGUUUCAAAAACUGACCUUUCCUAGGAUUAUAAAGCAGCUAAGGAAUCGCCAAACAGCAACAUCUACAUGCAGGGGGAAAAAUAAACCAAACUCCCUGCGUAGCACAGGAAGCCCAAAUGAUAUUUUCAAUUGGCUAAUCGCAUUACCACCAACAUUUUGUCAACAUUGUGUAGAUAUUUCUGUUUGGUGGUGCCCUUUCUUGCUUAUUUGAGAAAACUUACAGGAAGUCGCCCACAAUGUGAGGGAACACCACUCCGGUAUAGCAGUGCAGGCAGGCUGGAUACAUGUUUAAACAAGACUAGGCAUGGAUAUUUUCUUAGUGUAGAAGUCUGUGGAAGAGUAUUUAAGUUUUCUCAAAAGAAAAUUUCAAUUUGAAGAAUUAAUGAACCCCAACAUAUAUACAAAGCCAGGCCAAGAAAAUUAUGCAAAACAAAUGAGAGUGAAUGAAUUAGAGGAGAGAAUGUAGUGAGAGAGAGAGAGUGAGAGAAUGUGAAUCAAUCUUCACCAAACACACCACUCUAAUAAGUUAUCAGCAUUGGUGUAGAUAUUUAAAAGUGGUGGAAGGGGAUACCAUUGUCUGUCCACAGGGCGGGCCCUGAUAAUUUAUAAAUCUGAGACUACCUCGUUAAAAACUAUAAAUUGGAAUUUAUGUCACCAUUAUAUGCAGCCAAUAAGCCAAUCCAAAGUUGAAGGGAAAAACUGGGUCGAAUUAGCAUAGCAGUACAUGUUGAGACUGUCUUAGGGGACAUAAUAGACUCCAUUUCGAAGAUAUGUCCCUUGAAACAGUCCCACAAUGUACUACAAUGCCAACGCAACCUUGUUUUCUCCUCAACCUCGAAAUGGCUAAUAGAUAAAGGUGCAGUACAAGUGGCUUGGAACUAGUAUGGUAGCAUCUUUCAUAGAGUUGGCAUAAAUUGUCAGGGCCGGGCCUUGUCUAGGGUCAGUCAAUUCCAGUCAGGCCUGGCUGGCUAACCAAUAUUUCUUCAUCCCAAAGAAAAGAAUUUAAGAAAUGUGCACUCCAUACGCCGAGUGUAUUAUAUUUAUUAUUCUAUUCUUCAAUUAUCUAUUGUCUUAUCGUUUUUAUCGUUUGUUUUGACUAUAUUGCACGAGAUAUAUAAUGGUAUCGAAGCAUUGUCUUUGACCAUGAGUUAAGUAGCCUUGUCACGUGAUUCUCGACGUCAUGCGCAUACGUACCAUACAUUUGUCAUAUACACAGACAUGCAUGCACUAUAUUAGCCAGUAUUGCAUGUGUAUAUAAGAUUAUUGCACGGCGCGCAUGUUUGUGUAUGAUUCCACGUUCAUUCAUCUUCCCUCCAAUAAUUUCUUCCCAUAGUCUUUGGACCAACUAAUAAACAAUCAAACUCUACUGUUUAUACCCCUGUGUAUUCCAUCUUGCCAAAGCCACAGCUCGGCAACCAUAUUCGUAGGUUAGACCUCACUCGUAGAGGGUGUGGCUUUGGAGCAUUUGAAAAGUGGUUUUCGCAUUACAGGGAUUUCAACAAAUUCUAUCAUAUUUCCACUUCAUGCAUUUUUUAAAUGAAAUUAUCUGCUCAACGCAAAAAUCCUCUAGGCAGUUUGCAAUUCUUCCUAUAAGUUGUGAACAAGUGCUUACUAACUUAUAAACGAGGACUCCCUCGUUACACUGCGAGGGGGUUAUAUACAAGCUGUCGACGCAUGUUUCUUUCUAGAGUUUGAUCGCUUAUUAAAGGCCUAAUAAUUUAUCAAUAUUGUUCCUUUAUUAUACCUUAUUAACAAUCACUUAUUCGCGCCCAAGAUGAUUACAUUCAUAUGUCAGUGAGUCGACUAACGAGAGCUAUCUUUCCAAGAAAGACUAGUUUAAUUUAAAGACUCGCCCCAAUGCGAGUAUAAACAGGCUCCAAACGAGAUGGUCACUGACAAUAAAAGCUUCGUAAGAAGAAGAAUAAACAAGAAAGAAAGUUUGUAUUUUUGCAAAAGACGAUUUUUACAAUCAACUUGGUUGUAGGAGUAGCUUGUGUUGUCGUAUCUCUUCAAAUGUUAGUGUCGUAGUCAGUGAUAGCCUCUAGUUUUCUCCUGGCGGGUGAGGUAACUUUGUCUUUUCGUGAUUAAUCUUACAUAAGGUCGACAUGAUAAUGUAUCUUAGAGUAUUCAUAUGCAUAAACUUUAGCUUCUCCUAGCCUUAAUACACGCUUGGAAAGGUGUCCUGUAAGUGUUAACCCUGUUUUCUUUAGCAUUUACUUUUUGAUAUUACAAGAACGCAAAUCUUACAGACGAGGUACUCGGCACUGUUUAAAAAAGUUUAGAAUUUUAACAUCUAAAAUAAGCAUCUAAAACUUGAAAUUAGGGUUCACUUUUCUGUUGAAGUGCAAUGGAUUUAGAGAUAGUAAACUGAAAAACUCCCCCUGAUUCCUUAUCAUGUCGAUCGCACCUCACCCCCCACUUAACCUCUCUUGUUUACUGUACUUUCAAGGGGGUGUGCUUUCCCUAUGGAAUGCACCAUCUGUAGCUUUUGAUUAACCUAUCAGUCCAAUAUCUAAUUGAUUAACUAUAUAAGCUGAAUCAUUAGUCCGAAGUAAAUUUAAUUCGCUCUUAAUCCGUAGAAAAGGGAGGUGCGUUCUGGGUGUGACCACAUAAGGAUUCGCUAAUCUAUUAACAAUCGUUUGGUUGGUCACACACAGAACAAUCUCUAUCUGAAAUCUUUGUAGUAUCACACUAUGUGAAGUAACCCGAAAAAAGGCGGUAACCUUGGUAACAAGGACCCAGAUUCUACUCUAGUUGAGGUUGGAGCCGAUCAUUUCGGAUUACUUUACACAGGUAGUGAAAGUGAUAACUUUUCUGCUUAAUAUUUUGGGUAAAUAAUGCCUCAAAAUCGACAACAGAAGCAAUCGGUAGGAAGGUCAAGGUCGUGGUAUUUUUAGCAUAGUUACGGCCUCCUUUCGUAUAACUGUUGCUUCUUGCUGAAGAUUCAAGUCUAACCUGGAUCUUUCUGAAACUUCAAAUGUUCUGUCUUCGUCUAACUUGCCAAAGUUCGGAUGCGAACCCAGUAGAUUGAAUACGAGUUGAGAAAAGCACAGCUUUCUAAUGGCUUCCUUAUUGGACGGCGUUUAUUUACUCGCUUCUGAUUGGUCCACACUUAAAGUCUUAGAGUACCGUUACCUUGCAUUCCACACUCGUUUAAAUCUACUGUAUGGUUAGUAGUUUUCCUUUACCGUUAGGUAAAAACAGAACACCACCGGAACAAAACUGUUAGCUUCAACUCCCUACGCCGGUUUUCUGCUGUUAUUCAAAAGCUACAGCAUCGGUGUAAGAAAUGCAUUGAUACUGUGACAAUAGAUUAAAACUUCAAAAUAUUACCAUUAGUUAAAACUUGGAUUUGAUAUUUCGUAGCUCCGAGAACAUUCCUAUAACUAUCUAUGUAUCUAUCAAUAUAUAAUGUAUAAAUAAAUAUACGAGUGUUUAUUAGUGGCAUCGUGUGAAAGAAGUACUGUUGACCAGCAACGUACUGCUCCAUUAAAAACCUUAAUAAUCCUAUUUGGGGUACAGGUAGCCCAAGCAUGUUUACGAGAUUCGAUGCUUGGGUUACCUUUGUUGAUACUUCUUUCACAUGAGGGAAAAACCAUUUGGUAACAAACAAAGCUUAUAAAGGAUAUUUUAUUCCAAAACAAAUCGAGCAUAUAUUUUCAAAGUUUUCUGAAAAAUUCAAACGAAGUUAGGGUUAAAUUUUUAUUGAUACCUUAGUCUAGUUUUCUAUGUUUAUCGAAGAAGUAAACGAUUUUUUCAAACCAUGUUGCCAGGUUCUGAUAAAUUCUUGUAAAUUUUUAGUUCUUCGUUUUCUUCUUUGAUAAAUGUUUGUUUAUUAAGAACUUGGAUAUGGUAGAAUAUCUGUGGCUAGAGUGAACUGAACUUCAUCUAUCUAUUUUGCGCUACUAUUUAAGUUGUGCCUGGCAUUGAAGUGGGUUCCAACUCAAGCGCGAGUGGCAAUGAAGUGGCUUCCACUUAAGGCGCUUGGAGCACAGGAGUGGCUUCUACAACGAGGGCAAGAGACUUUAGUGUCUUCCCACCUAAGGGAAGCGUUGCUCUCAAGUAGCUUCCUCUAAGGCACGCGUAGCACUGAAGUGGCUUCCACCUUAGGCGCGAUUAGCACUAAAGUGGCUUUCACUAGCGAUGUGCGCAUUGGAUGUCUUCGUUUUCUCGCAAAUAAAACCACAAGAUAGAUGAAGUUAAACACUGUAGCCAUCAGACCUUACACAAAUAAUCUCGAGCUAUAGAAUACAUCUGGUACAAAACCUGGUUCCAAACCAUCCUCAUAUCAUAAUCAGGGGCAUGGUGGAUAUUUUAGUUUUAAUCUACUUUUGUCAAACCUUACUAUUCAAUUGUCGGUAAUCUAGUCCUCCGAACGUGUAUAUUGGUCGUUGACUGAAAUAAAAUACAUUUGUAUAUA